AGCAGAGGAGCACGAGCACGCUCUCAGAUCCGCGAGUGGCUUCAUGGAGUUAUGUACCACUGAUCCGGCGCCAUGGAUUGCACUGCGCGAUCGUUUCUUUUUCCCAUUUUAAGUCUUUUACUCCGCUACGUCCCCCUUGCGUUCUCCAUCAUCUAUCCUCCCAAUGAAGUGAACCUGUUAGACUCGAAAGCCAGCCAGGGAGAGCUAGGAUGGAUCUCCUACCCGGCACAUGGGUGGGAAGAGAUCAGUGGUGUGGACGAGCACUACACACCUAUCCGGACCUUCCAGGUUUGCAAUGUUAUGGAGUACAGCCAAAACAACUGGCUUCGAACCAACUGGAUCCCUCGCCAGUCGGCCCAGAAAAUCUAUGUAGAGCUCAAGUUUACACUAAGAGACUGUAACUCCAUCCCCCUGGUCUUGGGCACCUGCAAAGAGACCUUCAAUCUCCUUUAUCUGGAGGCGGAUGACGAUCAGGGCAGCCAUUUUAGGGAGCAUCAGUUCUCUAAGAUUGACACAAUAGCUGCGGAUGAGAGUUUUACACAGAUGGAUUUGGGCGACCGCAUUUUAAAACUCAACACUGAAGUUCGAGAAGUUGGACCCUUGUCGAAAAAGGGCUUCUACCUUGCUUUCCAAGAUGUGGGCGCUUGUGUCGCCCUAGUUUCCGUACGAGUCUACUUCAAGAAAUGCCCAAACACUGUAAAAAACUUGGCGGUAUUUCCUGAUACUGUACCGAUGGACUCCCAAUCUCUGGUGGAGGUCAAGGGGUCAUGCGUCAAUCACUCCAAAGAGGAAGAGCCACCGCGAAUGUACUGUAGCACGGAGGGGGAGUGGCUUGUUCCGAUCGGGAAGUGUCUCUGUAACCCGGGAUACGAAGAGAGAAGCAGCACCUGCCAAACGUGCAGAGUCGGCUUCUACAAGUCCGCACUGGGAAAUGUGGAGUGCUCAAAGUGUCCACCUCACAGUUUUUCUCACCACGAGGGGGCGCUGCACUGUGGAUGUGAGAAGAACUACUUCAGGGCAGAGGGAGAUCCAGCCUCCAUGGCCUGCACUCGCCCUCCGUCCGCUCCUCGAAACGUCAUCUCAUCCAUCAAUGAGACAUCUGUGAUCCUGGACUGGAGCUGGCCGGAGGACACAGGCGGGCGCAGGGACCUGACCUUCACCGUCGUGUGUAAGCGCUGUCAGAAGGGUAUCGGUGGAGCUGCUCUAAGGUGUGAGCCCUGCAGAAGCAACGUGCGCUUCUUCCCCCGAGCCUCAGGGCUGCACAACACCACGGUGACGGUGGGAGAUCUGCUCGCGCACACUAACUACACCUUUGAGAUCGAAGCGCUGAACGGGGUGUCUGCUUUGGCGCCCAAGAUGAGACAGUACGCAGCGGUCACCAUCACUACCAACCAAGCAGCUCCCUCUCCUGUGUCCAUGAUCCGCAAAGACAAGACGUCCCGGAACAGUGUAUCCCUGUCCUGGCAGGAGCCUGAGAGACCCAACGGUAUCAUCCUGGACUACGAGAUCAAGUACUAUGAGAAGGAGGAGCAGGAGACCAGUUACACCAUACUUCGCGCCCGCGGUUGUAACGUUACACUGAAUGGUCUGAAGCCUGGUACGGCCUAUCUUCUGCAGAUCAGAGCGCGGACUGCAGCGGGAUAUGGAGCCAGCAGUACCACCUUCCAGUUCGAGACCAGCCCUGACUCUGCCUUCUCUAUUUCUGGUGAGAACAGCCAAGUGGUCCUGAUCGCCGUUUCCUCCGCUGUGGCCAUCAUCCUCCUGACGGUGCUGCUGUAUGUCUUGAUUGGCAGGUUCUGUUGCCGUAGCAAAUCAAAACAUCCUGAUGAAAAACGACUCGAGUUUGGCAAUGGACACUUGCGUCUCCCUGGGAUCCGCACCUAUGUGGACCCUCACACGUAUGAAGAUCCCAGUCAGGCUGUGCAUGAGUUUGCUAAAGAGCUGGAGGCCUCGAGUAUUUCCAUUGACAAAGUUGUGGGAGCAGGAGAGUUUGGGGAGGUGUGCAGCGGCCGUCUGAAGCUUCCCAGUAAGAAGGAGAUCUGUGUGGCCAUCAAGACCCUGAAGGGAGGAUACACAGACAAGCAGAGGCGGGACUUCCUGGCCGAGGCCUCAAUCAUGGGACAGUUUGACCAUCCCAACAUCAUCAGACUGGAGGGAGUCGUCACCCGCAGUAAACCAGUCAUGAUCGUCACUGAAUACAUGGAGAAUGGGUCCCUCGACAGCUUCCUCAGAAAACAUGAUGCCCAGUUCACAGGGAUCCAGCUGGUGGGCAUGCUCCGCGGGAUCGCCUCAGGGAUGAAGUACCUGUCUGACAUGGGCUAUGUGCACAGAGACCUGGCGGCUCGAAACAUCCUGGUCAACAGUAACCUAGUGUGUAAAGUGUCUGACUUCGGCCUGUCCAGAGUCUUAGAGGACGACCCCGAGGCGGCCUACACCACCAGGGGGGGGAAAAUCCCAAUUCGGUGGACAGCUCCAGAAGCCAUUGCGUACAGAAAGUUUACUUCAUCCAGUGACGCCUGGAGUUAUGGCAUCGUUCUCUGGGAGGUGAUGUCAUACGGAGAGCGGCCAUAUUGGGAAAUGUCCAAUCAGGAUGUAAUAAAAGCAGUGGAUGAGGGGUACCGCCUGCCCCCGCCCAUGGACUGCCCGGCGACUCUGUACCAGCUCAUGUUGGACUGUUGGCAGAAGGAGAGGAAUAAUAGACCCAAGUUUGAACAAAUUGUCAGUAUCCUGGACAAACUAAUCCGCAACCCUGGGACCCUCAAAAUCACAGCCAACACCACUUCCAGACCGGCUAACCUGUUGCUGGACCGGAGCAGCUCGGAGGCGCCUGUGUCCGUGGGCUCUCUGUCGGACUGGAUGGAUGGCAUGAGGACGUUACCGUGUAAAGAAGCCUUUUCUGGGGUCAGCUACAGCUCUUGUGACACACUGGCAAAGACCUCCACAGAAGAUUUAAAAAAGGUCGGCGUUACUGUGGUCGGAUCGCAAAAGAAGAUCGUGAGCAGCCUCAAAGCCCUCGAUUCCACCACGAAGAACGGACCGGUACCUGUUUAAGAAGAGACAAACUAACUAACUGCAGUCGCUAAUUGCACUCUCAUCUAUUUGAGUGCAUAACUUGGAAACGGAACGGGAAGAUUCAACAAACUUUUUGUAACAGAAAGACAUCAUUUGGUCCUAUACGAGUGUCAACUGUACACUGCUUUGAAAUGCCUUACUGACUAAAAAAACGUGGUACGCCAAGAAGGUCCAAGGGAUAUUGUCAGGGAUGCUAAUUGCUAAUGGGGACUAGCACGCUUAAAGUCCCCGGCUAUCGCAAGAUUGGUGAAAAUACCGGGACUUCCGAGCAGCGGCAUGUUGUGGUGGACCGUUUACGGACUUUCGAGGCAUGAGACUUACCUUCCUACUACCUACAUUAACGAAAGAACUGAGCUGGAGCCAUUAUUUUGAUUGCAUAGCUCUAACCCUUAGCAUUCACCUAAAAGCAAUAACUGUGAUAAUCAACCCAACACAUUUCAGUACCUUCUUGUUUUUCCAUAAUUGUUUUCGAAAUAUCCACGAAAAUUUCUGUCAAUACUCAGGAUGUUGUUAAUCUCAGUUUGCUAAGAGGAACUAAAAGGAGUUAGACAAGUGUGAAUUGACAAAGUGGUAUCGUUAAACCAGCUGUCUCGAAUGGCAUUGGGUUGCAAAAAUGUGUUAGUAAUACAAGCUUGUUUGGACUUUCUCAAUUAGGAAAGAAGCAAGCGCCGUUUCAGUAUCUGAUCUUCUGCUUCCAUGCAAAAUCCACAAUGGUACUUCCAGUAAUCAUUUGUUUUGGAUUACAUUUAUAUAUCAUUAUUAACACAAGCCAUGAACGUGUUUUGCUAUGUCAUAUUUUAACUCAUGAUUCUUGUGUAUCGCAAAAAAGUUGAGUGCCUCCUGCAUUUGAGUUGGAUAUCAAUGGAAAUGGCUGAAUAGUUUUUUUUGAAAAAUUCAUAUUUUAUUCUGCCUCUCUGCGGCUUGUAUCAUAUUUUUCUCAUCACACUAGGACUGCAAAUGCCCUGGAAGAUGCAACACUUUCUGGUAAGAUUAUUUUCAGUGUGUCCAGGCUGAGUUUUCCCAAAGGCACCGUCAAUAAGAAGUGAUUUUUGUAUUGUUUACAUUGCUAAGGCCUUGCUCUGAUGUAAAAUGUAUUUUUUUCGACGCACGUCCGGCGUUUCAGAUGAAUUAUUCAACGUGAGGUUACAUUCUCGCUUUCUUUCAAGACAUGCGCAGUUUGCGACAGAAAUAUUCAAAUACCAAUUUACUUUUAACUUUAUAAAACUUCAUUUAUUUAUACAAGACAACACAGUUUGAUUUCCAGUAAGAAAAAACAGACUGUAUAUAUAAAUGGACGUAACUAACCUGCUAACCAUCACGUUCCAAGCUCCAUUGACUCUGACUCCAAUUCACUUUACAUUGAAAAAUUGUCACCCCUUCCUCCGUAACUGUUACUGUCUUCAAUUUAGUCUUAAAAUGUUCAUAUUAACCUGCUCUACCUGAUCUGGGUGUUUUUAUUUUGCUAUUGUGUCCAUAAAUAAAUCUAUAAACAUUAAUAACAGACAAAUCAGCUGCCUCCUUUCCACAAGGUCACUCCCGCUAGCUUUAGCAACAGGUUUGAUUGACAGUGUUGCUAAGUGCCCGCCCCUGCCAAACCAGCGGGACAACAGCUUCGCUCCAGAUUGGCUCUUUGGGUGCUAAAGUGCUUGCAGCCAGAAUUCCAAAUAUGGCUCCAAAUUCGCCCCUGUAACUGCUAGCUUCAAUGAGCUUCAUUUGA